UCACAGUAGUGAAUGUGCUGCCAUUUCCCAUCUCCUGGAUUUGUCGUGCGUCUGGUAUGAGCAUGAGCAUGCCAAAGACCCUUUUCACCUCGUGUUUACGCACUCGAUCUUCUCUCCCAAUUCAUUCUGGUCGUUUAAUAUACCUGACACCCCACCCCCACGUUCGGAGGGUAAGCAGCAGAACUCAACCCUGUCGCUUGCCAUCGUUGUCGAGUGUACAUCGUCAACAUUGUGGCCUUGAAUCUGGUCGACCAGGAGUCCAGAGGUAUUUGACUACGACGAGCUCGACGUCAGCAACAGCAACUCCAACCACCAACAUGUCUCGCCGUGCACCAGUCAAUGCCCAGAGCGUGGAUGCACCGCUGACAAUGUCGGCGACGUUCCUCGUCCUAUCUGUGGCGGAAGGAGACGACGCCAUCUCAACAGUGCGCUCGACCUUGGCUAGUGUCGCCGACUUGAUCAAGAAUGUAUCCAUCCGAGAUUCUAGUGCACAAUUUGCCGCAACCGUGGGGAUUGGCAGUCGUAUCUGGGAUCGACUGACGAACAAGCCUCGACCGGCGGAAUUGCAUCCGUUUCGGGAGUUUAAAGGCAACAAGCACACCGCGGUGUCAACACCAGGUGAUCUCCUCUUCCACAUCCGGGCAGACCGUCGAGACCUGUGUUUCGAGUUCGAAAAGCAAGUCAUGGACCUGCUUGGUGAUGCGGUGAAAGUCGAAGAUGAAACCGUUGGUUUCCGAUACUUUGACAUGCGCGAUCUAUUGGGAUUUGUCGAUGGGACAGCAAAUCCAGUUGGUCCGGACGUGCCUGAAGCGGUACUGGUGGCCGAGGGAGAUAACCUAGGCUUGGAUGUCAGCGGUAGUAGCUCCAUUGGCGGCAGCUACGUCGUGGUACAGAAAUAUCUGCAUAAUCUAGGCGGGUGGAAGAAGCUAGGAACCGAAGGCCAGGAGUCGGUGAUUGGACGGACCAAGUUCGACAACGUGGAGCUGGAUGAUGCCGACGACGACAAGCAGAAAGCACACAAGACGCUUGCCACGGUCGAGCAAGAUGGCGUCGAAUACGACAUCCUUCGUGAUAAUAUGCCCUUUGGCUCGCCUGGGUCUACCGAGUACGGCACCUAUUUCAUAGGCUACUCGCGCCGUCUCUGGGUCACGGAGAAAAUGCUCGAGCGCAUGUUCAUCGGCGACCCGCCAGGUCUUCAUGAUCGUAUUCUCGACUAUUCCACUCCAGUCACGGGCUCAACCUUUUUUGUUCCUUCGCUGGCGUUUCUGGAUGGUUUGGGCGAUGAUUGAUAUAUAUAGUAUCAAUGGCUUUGAUGUACGAUGUGACAUUAUGCCUAAUGGCACACAAGAAUCUUAGGUCUUAUACUUUGGCUAGAGACACAGAACGAACAUGUGGCGGAAACUAGGGGCGAAAUGCACAUAGGGAAGGGUAUAUCUCGAAUUUGAAUCAUC